CAGUAUUAAUCAUUAUCUACAUGAUACAGCUUUGUGGAAAUUAAUUUAUUACCUCUGCAAUCCAACAGCUGCCGCCUGGCUGUUUCUACAGCAACUGACCAGACCACCUUCAGCAAGCACACCUGAGAGAAGGAGGGAGAGAGGGGAAGACAAGAUACCACAGACUCUGUUAGGAUGGGCUACGAUCUAGAACGUUUUGUAGGCUAUGUGAACGAGGGUCUGCUGUGCUGUGUGUGUCAGGACGUGUUAGAAGAUCCUUUGCAGGCUCCGUGUGAACAUGCCUUCUGCAGCUCCUGCAUUCAUGGAUGGCUCGUCCACCAUAACACCUGUCCAGAGGACCGCUUGCCUUUAGACAUCACACAUCUACGCCCACUGUUCAGAUACAUGAGAAAUGAUUUAGCAAGGCUGCAGGUGAGGUGUGUGUUCCGGCCACAAGGUUGUGAGGUCACAUGCGCUCUGGAGUCAGUUCAUCGGCAUGAGCAACAGUGUGAUUACGCUUUGCUGAACUGCAGUACUGCAGGCUGCCCGGUUCAGGUGUCGCGGCGCUCUCUGGAAGCUCAUCUGUGUGUGUGUGAAUACAGCAGUAGAGUCUGUGCAAGCGGCUGUGGAUACACAAUCCUAAACACAGAGGAGGCCCAACACAACUGUGUAUCGGAUCUACGAGCUGAGCUGGACAUGCUCAGGGCAGAAUUGCACUGCAGAGUCGAAGAGGUGCGACAUGAAAUGGAAUCUCGCUUGGAUUCCCUAAGAAGACACAUGGUGCAGAAGGAGAGUCUGCUGAGGUGUGAAGUGGACGAACUGAAGAGCCAGCUGUCCAGAGUCAUGUCAGAUGUCAGCGUUCUGCUGGCUGCAGAGAGAGCGCGCAGACAAGAGCUGGAGAGGGCGGAGCUGGAGAAGGCAGAGCUUCUUGAACUUUUAAAAAAGGAGGGGCUCAGACCAGCCACGCCCUCUGGAGCAGCACCGCCCCCUGCUGAGGUGCAGAGAAAGCUGAAGCCUAGCUUUGGACUGCAUCAAAAGAAAGAAUAGAGAGGUGACAGUCAUCUGAGGACACUGCUUUUCACGGCAGAACAGUAAGGAAGAGGGAAUGUCACAUCAUAUGAUGCUAAUAGAAAACCACUGACUGGAACUCAUCUGAAUGAAGCCCCAUUAUUGCAGUUCCUCGGGGUGAACCGAAUGAUUGAUAUGAGAUUGGCUAUGUUCAAUGAUUUAUCCAAGUUGUGUAGUAAAAAUACUUUUUUGACCAAUUUUGUAUGUUUUU